AUGAACGGAAGUUUAGAUUUUGCUAAUCAUGGAGAUUGCUUUGCUAGUAACAUCGAUUUUUGGAUUGACACCAACAGUACAGAAUUAAGAGAAGAAUCGAAAUCAACCUUAUCUUUAUUUUCAUUGAAUAAAAGUUUCCUUGAUAUCACAAAUAUUUCUAAUGGGGCUGAAACAUUGAGAAGGAAGACACCCAAAAAAGCUUUGAAGAAGAAGGAAGAAAACAAUAGUCAACUCAUUCAAAGGGAAGAUAGUAGAUACAUUCAAUUAAGAAAAGUUGAUACAACUUGUAAAGAUUCAACCAUUUGUUCAAAAAAUUGUCUUGUUUAUUUACCAAGAACGUUUCAACACCACAAGAUACAUAAACUCGUCAAACAGAGACAGUUUGAACUUGGUUAUUCGUUAAGAAAGAACAUACAGUGCCCCUUAUCAGCUUGUUCAAAUGUGAAAGAGUCUUCGGCAUUAGCCAACAAUAAAUACGAGUCCGCUUUGAAUUGGGUUUCGUAUAAAUAUAUUAGAAGUAAAGAAGGUAAGAAGGAUGUUAUGUGCAGAUUCUGUUUGGGGAGUAACUGGAUAGAAGGUGUUCAUUUUUUUAGACAUCUUUUUUUGGCACACGGAAUUAUAACAGAAAUAAAUCAAGAAGGGAAAGCAAAACUUCCUUACAAGUUAAUAAACAAAGAAAUAAAUCAGAAUACUACUUUAUACAUUGAGCAACUGAAUAUUCCUAAGUUUUCCAGAACGUUGCUACCUUUUCUUUCUGUCAGCUUUAUUCCAAUGCCAUUUAAGUAUUAUUCAAGGAGAUUAAACGGAGGUUUCAGAAGAACGCAUGUUUUAUGCCCUAGUUGUUCAAACUGGGUUCAUUUGGGAUGGUUUGAACAUGAUGAGAUCAUCAAAGAAGGCUAUCAAAAUUUUGAUUCCAUUAGAAAUUUUAACAUUGAUUAUCAGAAUAUUUCUUACAUUCAGGAAAGAGAUAGACGAUUAAUUGAAGGUUUAUAUGAAAAUUAUUUUAUUCAUUAUAUUCAUUGCGGUCUCUCAAGGCUUUCAUCAAAAUGUAUGUUUGUAGAAAUCUCAACGACUGAAGACGAAAGUUAG